UCUACAGCUUCUAAGUUAUUUGCAAGUCCCUGACACUCGUCAUCUCAAUUUUUCUUGAAAAAGAUAUAGCCUUGAGUGGGCCAUAUUUAUUUCCCUCAUCAAGAGGCCUUACUGCACCGAGCAGCACUAGCCACCCAGUGCUUCCUCAUCCUGAGAUGAGUACAGGGAUGUCUUCUCUACUGCAUGGAAACCCAAACUGCAGCAUCUUACGAAAUAAUGGAGCUACCUCCUUUGUGGGGUUCUCAGCUCUUCCAUUCAUGCAAUUGCGAGCUGGAGCUUUCAUGAGAGGUCUGUUAGCAGGAAGAUUAAUUCCACAAAGCUUGUAUAGAAAGGAAAAAUUCUGUUUUCCAAGAAAAGGACUUGGCAGCAUGAUGUCAAAGAAAGUGACCUUUACUACCCGUAGUAGCAGUGAAGAUGGUUCCUCCGAUCAAGGCAAGACUCCUUUUGGGUACAACAGGAAAGAUGUCUUGUUGAUUGGACUUGGAGUCACACUUCUCGGCAUUGGCUUGGAAAGUGGAUUGGAGUAUGCUGGUGUUGAUCCUUUACAAGCAGGGAAUGUUGUUCAAUUGGUAUUAGUUUUGGGUCUAACAGUUGGAUGGAUUUCAACAUACAUCUUUAGGGUUUCAAACAAGGAAAUGACAUAUGCCCAACAACUUCGUGAUUAUGAAAACAAAGUCAUGGAGAAGCGGUUAGAGGGCUUGUCAGAAGCAGAGUUAGAAGCGUUGCUUGAACAGGUUGAAGAAGAGAAGAGACGCCAAGCAAGUGGUGAGAAGAUCAACUAAAGCUCCAUUACCCUCUACUAAACCCUUUGUCCACAAAGUUGCUGUAAAAUAAUCAAGUAUGGUCUCUACAUUCAUAGGUUAUAUCCAUUUUUAAAAGUCUGAGGUUUACCUCAGUUGUAUCAACCGAUAUGUCACAAUGUGAUGUUCCAACUGCAAAAUCUUACAGUGGUGAUCUUCAUUGUCCAAA